CCACGCUGGUGAGUGGAAGAGACAACUUCCCGGUGGGGAAGGCGGCCCUGGAAGGCGGACAGGGUCGGUUUUUCGCUAUGGGCAAGCGCGGGAGCCGGAGCCAGAGCCAGCUGCUCAACACCCUGACUAAAAAGCAGAAGAAGCAUCUUCGGGAUUUCGGCGAGGAGCAUCCCUUCUAUGACAAGGUUUCCAGAAAGGAAGCGAAACCACAGAUUUGUCAACUGUCAGAGAGUUCAGAUUCUUCAAACUCUGAAAGUGAAGCAGAGAGUGAACCAGAACAGAUUUCUGUGUACCACAAACUACUCGCCACGUUAAAGAAUGUUUCUGAGGAAGAUGAGGAGGAGGAGGAGGAGGAGGAAGAAGAAGAAGAGGAAGAGGAAGAAGACAAUCCUCUAGAUGAGGCAGAAAUGAACAGUGAAGAUGGUGACAGUGAUGUCAGUGUGGAGGAAGAGACAGCAGCGGAGUCUGCUGAAAGGCAGGAGAUGUUUGUCAAAAUUGGAGGCAAGGUCUUACCUGCUGACCCCGAGGGAAAAGAUGGGGACGAGCCACCUGGCACAUCACAAGAAUCGCUGGAGGAGUUUACGGAUACAAAACAUGAGUCACUUUUCAGCCUGGAAACCAAUUUUCUCGAAGAGGAAAGUGGAGGCAGCUGUUCUCUGAAAGCAUCACAAGAUCCAUUUCUACAACAUGUGAACAAAGAACUGAAAGAAAAAGAAAUUCAGGCUGUUGCCACAAAUCCCAAAACUACGCACGAGCUCAAAUGGCCCACCCUGGGCAAGCUUGUCUUUUCUUCCAAGUUUCAGAAGUCAGAAACAUUUAAACCCCCAAAGGACCUUGACUUAAAGGCACUUCAUCUCCAGAAGCCUCUGGAAUCCACCUGGAUCAAGACCAACAGCCAAUUUCUCUCUGGUCCUCAGAAAUCAAGUAGCCCCUUCACAUCCCUCCAGAAAGAGCUCUUCUUAAUUAUGAAUUCUUACCAGGACUUGUUCUACCCAGAAAGGACCGCCCUGAAGAACGGGGAAGAGAUCCGCCAUGUGUACUGCCUGCAUGCAAUCAAUCACGUCCUCAAAGCCAAUGCCCAGGUGCUUGGCAACAACAGCAGGCGUCGCAGCCAGAAGCUUGGGGUGGGUGACGAUGAUGACUUCAGGGAUCAAGGGCUAACGAGGCCCAAGGUGCUGAUAGUGGUUCCCUUCCGGGAAGCUGCUCUGCGGGUGGUACAGCUCUUCAUCAGUCUCCUUGAGGGCGACAGCAAGAAGAAAAUAAUUGUGAGCAACAAGAAGAGGUUUAACGGAGAGUAUGGCUCAGAUCCCGACGAGAGGCCGCCCAACCUGAAGAGGCCUGAGGACUACGAAGCCGUAUUUGUCGGCAAUAUCGAUGACCACUUCAGGAUCGGAGUGGCAAUACUUCAGAGAAGCAUCCGGCUCUAUGCCCCCUUUUACUCCUCGGACAUCCUCAUUGCCUCCCCUCUGGGCUUGAGGACCAUCAUUGGUGCAGAAGGGGAGAAGAAGAGAGAUUUUGACUUUCUGUCUUCUAUUGAGCUUCUCAUCAUUGAUCAAGCUGACAUUUACCUGAUGCAGAACUGGGAGCAUGUCCUGCAUUUGAUGAACCACAUGAACUUACUGCCCUUGGACUCACAUGGGGUGGAUUUUUCUCGAGUGCGGAUGUGGAGCCUCAAUAAUUGGUCCAAGUACUAUCGCCAGACACUGCUGUUCGGGGCCCUGCAGGAUGCCCAGAUUAACUCCGUGUUCAACAAGUACUGCGUCAAUGUGCAAGGCCAGGUGGCGGUGAGGAACGUCCCGAUGACAGGCUCCAUCAGUCAUGUGCUGGUGCAGCUCCCACAUGUCUUCCAGAGGAUGGAAGCUGAAAACCUAGCUUCGGUGAUUGAUGCCAGGUUUCACUUCUUCGUGGACAAGGUUUUGCCUCAGUAUCGUGAUGCAGUCAUGUCGCACACGCUCAUCUAUGUCCCCUCCUACUUUGACUUCGUGCGUCUCCGAAAUUACUUUAAGAAAGAGGACCUGAACUUCACCCAUAUCUGCGAGUACACCCAGAAGUCUGGUAUCUCCAGGGCCAGACACUUCUUCCUUCACGGAGAGAAGCAGUUCCUGCUCCUCACAGAGCGCUUCCAUUUCUACAAAAGGUACACCAUAAAAGGCAUCAGGAACCUGAUCUUCUACGAACUGCCGACAUACCCCCACUUCUACAGUGAAGUCUGUAACAUGCUGAGAGCCACCACCAGCGGGGAGGAGGCCGCCUGGACCUGCUCUGUCCUCUACUCCAGGUACGAUGCCCAGCGCUUGGCGGCGGUGGUCGGUGUGGAGCGGGCGGCGCAGAUGCUGCAGUCCAAGAAGAACGUCCACCUCUUCAUCACGGGAGAAAGAUGAGAAUUUGUUGGGCAGGACAUGGUAUGUGGCGUGAUACAGGAUACUUGGUUCUGUGCUACUUGGGCCGAGUUCUGAUCACUUCUUCGGGAGAAGGACUACUCCAAGGAAGGAGCACCAGGCAGCAGCAUGUCCGCUACUUUCUUUCUUUUCAGGCCCCGUGUCCCUGAAAAGUUCAGUGUAAACCAAACUUUGGUAACUCCCAUCUUUCAGAGGUCAGGAGGGAGUUAAGGGAGGGACUCUAAGAACUUGAUAAAGGAAACUUAUACUUGUGAACCUUUUUGUAAGCCAUAAAUUCUUUUAUUGUGAUUUUACCUCUAAUUUAUUACACUUGGUAAAUUUGUCCAGAUUAUUUCUGGUUGACACUGUCUUAAAGUAAAGCAUACAUGUCAUUGCUUGUGAGAACUGGGUAUGAGAAAUUGGAAUAUUCUCUCUGCUGAAUAU